CGUUUUACAUUUUAGUUGGUGUGACUCGCUGAAGUCUGUUGAUUCAGUUUGUGUGUGUUUGAUUACCUGUUCGUAGUUGCAGCAGCAGAGACCCGGAAGGCAGUUUAUGAUGCAAUAAUCACCUUGUUACGAAGAUGAGGGCAGUUUGGACACCAGUGUUGCUGUCUUACCUUCACUUCUUCUCACAGUGUCAGUCGAAAAGUUUAGUUUGUCAAGAGAUAAACCCCAGGGAGCCAGUGCCCUUAGACCUCUCGCCCUCCAAGGUGAGGUCAGACGACGCCCUGGAGGUCGAGUUCUGCCUCUGUCCCCAGGAUAACAUUCCUUCUUGGAUUCUCAUCUUCACCUUCCUCAGAGGAGGUGACACGCUGGCCACUGUCCGCAUGUAUCACAAAAUUAAUGUCAACGGCCAACAGAGUGAUGUAGACACACUACAGAUUCAGUGUAACGGACUUAAACCAGUAGAAACAUCCAACCUUAACCCUUGGAGCUACGACCAGCUCUCUGGAAUACCUCAACUCUUCAAACUCAAUGUCACUCAAAAAAGAGUUUCAAUCGUUGAGGAAAAUGGAGGUCAAGAGAAAGAAUUUUCAGAAGUAUGUUUACAUGAUCUUAACAACAUAACGCUGACUGCUGGGAGUGACCCAUGUUGCGGUCACCCCAACGUCAGUCUGUCCUGCUCCAGUGGUGUGAGCCCCAGUAUGAAGUAUUCAGAUCGUAUGAUCAUCUUCUUGACAGUGAUGGUCAGCAUACAGCUGUUGACUGUGCUAGGUGUGGUGUGCAUAGCCAAAAGGACGAAAUUCACUAGGUCACAGGAAACUGGUCAAAACGGACCCUCGCGUGAGGCGACGACGCUCGUCCUAGCCCAGCAGAGAAAGCCGGUACCCACUCCCCGCACUACCUUCCUGCAGAAGCAAGUGACACCCAUUGAUUCCGACACAUCUGCUCCCUCCAUCACAUAUUACACUUCUUCCACCUUAAUCUCUAUGCCUGCCACGACCCCGUCAGUGCCUGCCAGCCCCAUGAUCAUCGUCGGGAGCACCUGCACUCGUCCUGCAAUGCACUUACCGACGGUGAGCUCAGACUUCCAUAAAUUGCUAGGAUUGGCGACACACUCCACCGCAGGCACACACUGAUGGCCACACCACAACCUGCAGUGAACAUAACCUACACAACAGACAACAAACGAGCUUAUUUACCAGAGAGUCAUUCGUAUUUUCGAAAACUAGGUGACCUUGUAUAAUGUCUUCCUCUUUAUGCAGGUAUUAUGGCGUGCGUCUGUGAGGUACUGCCAGGAAUUUAACGUUUCCUUUCAGUGUUUUGUUGAAUGAACUUUGUGAGAACCUUUAUUCCUAUUUUCAGUUAACUAAGACUUAAGCUUGCUCGCAUGAAUAAUAUUUCUCAUGAUGGGUUUCUUUAAUUAGGCUUCAUAUCUACGGACUAUAUGUGGGUUGUUAAGGCUGCAAUUCGCCUGUACACUUAACACUGGUUAAAGCAUGGGUGGGAUUUUUUUUGGACUGGAGAUCCAUAUCAUUUGUUUAGACUACUGAGGCAAACUUCACAGGCCUCAUACUUUUAUUAAUUAAUUGAAAAGUGUGAGAGUUUAAAAGUAACUCAAAUUCAUAUCUUCUGUUUUUACACAGAAAAGAUGGAGAUAGAUACAUUACCAAUAUCAGUUAAAUAUUAAAGAAUAACAAAUCACUGAUCAGACAUUUAUUCAGUAAAUGUACCUGACAUAAACAUAAAUGUACCUGACAUUAACAUUAAGGAAUGAAGGCAAAGAAUUAGAUUCCUAUUCAGCUUCGGCUUCGCUACGUAAAAGAUGUCAUGGCUGUGUCCACAUUACUAUACUGACUAGUCUCUUCCAGUCGCUUGUUCUCUCUAAGCUGGAAUAUUGCUGUACAGUAAUGGCCCCUUUCAAGGCAGGCGAAAUUGCUAACAUGAAGAAUGUACAUAGAACCUUCACGGCACAAAGUACGAUAAAGCACCUAAAUUACUGGGAACGGUAGAAGUCCCUUGAUUGGUAUUCCCUGGGACGCAGACGAGAAAUAUACAUGAUAAUAUACAUUUGGAAAAUUCUGGAGGUAUUAGUACCAAAUUUACACACGAAAAUCACUCCCUACGAAAGCAAAAGACGGCAGGAGAUGCAACAUCCUUCCAAUGAAAAGCAGGGGCGCUACGAGUACACUAAGAGACAACACAGUAAGUGUCAGGGGCCCAAGACUGUUCAACUGCUUCCCAGCAUACAUAAGGGGGAUUACCAAUGGACCCCUGGCUGUCUUUAAGAAGGCGGUGGACAGGUACCUAAAGUACCUGACCAGCCGGGCUGUGGUUUGUACAUCAGUUUACGUGCGGCCAGCAGUAACAGCCUGGUUGAUCAGGCCCUGAUCCACCACAAGACCUGGUCACGGACCGGACCGCGGGGGCGUUGAUCCCUGAAACCUCUCUCCAGGUAUGUCCUGAACAUUCUUGCUCUUAUCAAGUUUAAAGUUUGCUGAAUGGGACUGGAACCCUUUGAUUCCUUUCUUUGAUGUUCGUGUCCAGCGCUCUGUGAGUGUCUUUUUUCCUUCCAUCUACCGCAAACCAAUGUACAGUGAAAUGUUCAGUAGAUGAUGUGAGCUGUACCCUCCUCCUGGGCCAGAAGUAAAUACAAAAACCCAAGUGUAACAUUUUCUUCAUUCUAGUCUGUUCUAUACAUAUUUUGUAGAAACACGGAAUUUGCUUUUCUUUUUUUCAACGCAUCCUGUAGAAACAAUUGAUAAGCAACUGUUAAAUGACUAUAAAUGUCUUGAUCUAGAUAAUGUGGUAUUGAGAUAGCUUAAUGUCAGCAACUGUUGACCAUGUAAAUGUUUUGAUAUAGAUGUUGUGGUGAGCAGAUGAAUAAUGUUCGCGGAAAAAGCAUUCAAGCAGCACUCAUUUGUUUCACAUUGUGAUGCCUAUAUUAAUGAAUCUAUACGCAUUUAAUGUUUCAACUUUGAUUUAGGUUAAUUUUGCUGAAGAGGGCCUGUUCGUGAAGCCGAAAUAAAUAAUAUUCAGUUU